AUGGUCAACCUCAAAUCGCUCGGCUCUAUUCUGACCUCUGGCUCAAAUGCUGCGAACGGGACGGAGCUUGAGGCACUAAGGAUCCCAGGCAACUUCCCUAGUCCGACGCCCCGGAGCUCUAGAUCUGAUGUACAACCAACUGAGCUGACUGGCAGACCAAGGAUCAACAAGGCAGGCUUGAUCGUGACUGCUGAACUAGACCAGGCUAUUUCGAGGUGCCGAAGCAAAGUGCAAAAGCUGGCGCAGGCUUGUCGGAGAGGCAAUAGGCGGUACCGGGAUAUCGAUUUCGACUUCCUGGAGGAUCGCGAGAACUGCUUGCACGGGAUCGUUGAUCCUUCAUUCCACAGAUAUACGCCUACGGAAGCCCUGCGUGUUACUCAGAUAUUUCAGGACCCUAAGUUCUUCGUGGAUGGUGCGACGGCGAGCGAUAUUGCGCAGGGAGACUGCUUCGGAGACUGCUGGUUCCUUAGUGCUCUGGCCGUAGUGGCGACUGCAGGACUUAUUGAGCAAAUCUGUGUGGAGAGAGACGAGAAAGUCGGCAUAUAUGGCUUUAUCUUCUGGAGAGACUCGGGAUGGGUGGAUGUGAUUAUCGACGAUCUUCUUUUCGUACGAGUUCCCCGCUGGACAGACCUCACAGACAGAGAGCGUAUGUUGUACAAAAGCGACCAAGACAUAUAUGCGAAGGAAGCGAGGAAGGGCAGCAAAGUCCUUUACUUCGGCAAAUCACUGGCAGAGAACGAAACAUGGGUACCGCUCAUCGAAAAGGCCUACGCCAAGUUGCACGGGGAUUACUCUUCGCUAGAAGGUGGUUUUACGAACGAGGCCGUGGAAGAUCUGACUGGUGCUGUAUCGACUUUGAUGUACAUGCAGGACAUCCUCGACCCCGACGAGUUCUGGACGAACGAACUACUAAACGUUCAAGAGGAUCGUGCAUUUGCUUGUUACACCCCUGAUCAGCUCGUGACGAACAUGGGUCUGCCCAAUCCGGAGAUCACAAACGGCCUCGUAAAAGGGCAUGCGUACUCUGUCAUCAAAGCCGUCGAGUUCAACGGCAAGAAGUUUCUGAAGGUUCGGAACCCGUGGGGAAAGUAUGAGUGGACUGGAAGGUGGAGCGAUGGGAGUAAGGAAUGGAACGGCGAGUGGCUGGAAGCGCUCCCUGUGUUUGAUUUCAAGUUUGGGAACGAUGGAGAAUUCAUCAUGGAAUAUUCCGAUUUCCUUCAAGCCUGGGAUGUCGUCGAAAAAUGCCUGCUCUUCAAUAAGGAGUGGUCAUGCAGUCAGCUUUGGUUGUCGGCGAACCUGGGCACAUACCCGCGACCUACGAACUUCGGCGACGUCUCCUUCACAUUCUCGCUUUCCAAAGAUACAGAUGCUGUGAUCGUGCUCGCUCAGCUCGAUACACGCUACUUCCGCGGUUUAUCUAGCCAAUAUCUCUUCAGCCUGUAUUGCCAGAUCUUCAAGAAAGACGAAGAGGACCCCGUCGCUAUCUCGCCACACAACUCUUUGUGGGACCGGAGCGUCAAUCUGGAAGUAUUCCUGGAGGCGGGCGACUAUGUUGUACAGGUGCGUAGAUGA